CCAAGGGUCAACUUCCCAGGAACAUGCCCAGGAUCGGUCCUCUGGCCUCACUACUAGCCAGCUGAUCAGGAAGGCCCCCCAGUGGACUGAAGCAUGAUCUCCAUCACCGAGUGGCAGAAGAUCGGUGUGGGCAUCACUGGCUUUGGUGUCUUCUUCAUCUUCUUCGGGAUACUCCUGUACUUUGACUCCGUACUCCUGGCUUUUGGAAAUCUGCUGUUCCUGACUGGCCUCUCCCUCAUCAUCGGCCUGAGGAGAACAUUUUCCUUCUUCUUCCAACGACACAAACUCAAGGGGACCAGCUUCUUCCUGGGGGGUGUAGCCAUCGUGUUGCUGCGCUGGCCCCUGCUGGGCAUGCUCCUGGAAGCCUAUGGAUUUGUUAGCCUCUUCAAGAGCUUUUUCCCUGUGGCCUUCGGAUUCCUGGGCAGCGCUUCUAACAUCUCUUUCCUGAGCACGCUGUCGCAGAAGCUUCAAGGCUCCAGCUCAAUGGUCUGAACCGUCGGAGAUGCUCUCCUUGAACUUGGAUUGUUGGUGCAGGGGCUGAAAGGGGGCUGGGGUUAUCUUCAUGAGUCCCCCCCCCCAGCACUGACUUACCUCCCAUCACACUUGGGCAUCUCCAAGUUCAGAGAAAGACGGAGCUGAGUGACUGAUCUUAACCCCCAAGUUCUCUCAAGAGGCUGCCGGGGGUUGAGAUCCUGGUCCUGACACCCAGCUGAGGCUGGAAGCAACAUUCCCAAUUGGAAUUUAUGCAGGGGAGUGAAGAUUAAAUCCCCAAACUGUGAAUGUA